GUUAGUGAAGAUUGUUUGUUUGUUUGUGUUAAGAGAGAGAGUGUUAUUAACUAAACCCCGACUUGUUUCUAUUUUGCUUAUUGCAGCUACUAAAUCUCACCUCUAAGGAUCGAUAUAGAAACUCGGAUUCAAUUCAAAUUCAGAUCAAUGAGGAAUCCUUCAUCGUCAACAACUCAAGCCAAAUCAGCAUCAACGAAUUCAAGUAAGAACCAGAAGAAGAAGAAGAAUAGUAACAAUGGAAGCAGCAGUACAGCUACUACCACUCCGUGUUGCAGUAAAUUAGGGUUGAAAAGAGGACCGUGGACUGCAGAAGAAGACCAGGUAUUAUCAGAUUACAUUAAGAAAGAAGGUGAAGGUCGCUGGAGAACUCUCCCCAAACAAGCUGGCCUUCUCCGGUGCGGCAAAAGCUGCCGCCUCCGUUGGAUGAAUUAUCUUCGUCCGUCCGUCAAACGCGGUCAGAUCGCCCCUGAUGAAGAAGAUCUCAUUCUCCGUCUUCACCGUCUUCUCGGUAACAGGUGGUCAUUGAUAGCCGGAAGAAUUCCAGGAAGAACCGAUAAUGAGAUUAAGAAUUAUUGGAACACGCAUCUCAGCAAGAAACUCAUUAAUCAAGGAAUUGAUCCUAGAACACACAAGCCUCUUGAUGAUAGUAAUAACCACUCUUCUUCACCUUCGAUAAUCCCAAAUAUUAAUCACCAAAUCCCUCCUUUUACAUCUUCUGCUUCUCCAGAUCAUCCUCCUAUUACUACUAUGACUAACAAUGAAUCUGAUGAUCAUCACUUAACACAAUAUCAUAGUCAUAAUAAUCAUUAUCCAAAGCAGCAACAACAACAACAAGCUCAGGAGUUUAAUGGUGCUAACUGUGAUAGCUUAAUUAGUAGUGAUGUUUCUGCAAUGGAUCAUGAUCUGCUUAACAACAACAGUAAAGGCGAUUACAACGACAUUAGUACCUGUUGUGAUGAUGUGUUUACUUCCUUCCUUGAUUCAUUGAUCAACGAGGAUGCUUUUGCUACACACCGAUCAGAGAAUGAUCCUUUGAUCCUGUCUUCUGCACCACCGUCUUUGUGGGAAUCGCCACUCAUCAAUAUGUCCACUCAUAUUUCAACCAAAAACCACGACGACUCACCCAAGACGGGACAGAUUCAUGAUGCAUAGUAUGUCGUUUCUCUCAAUAAUCUAUCUAGAUAUAUAUAUAAAUAUAAUAUAUACUAUUAGUGCAUGUGUUCAUUAUAUCAAACUCUGAGUUACCAGCUGGGAAUUAAUUAUAUAAAUAUAUUAUGUGUGUAU